GUGUUUGUUGUAAGCCUGGCAGUUGCAGACUUGAUUGUAGCUAUCUACCCAUAUCCACUGGUCCUCACAUCUGUGUUUCACAACGGAUGGAAACUGGGAUACCUACACUGCCAGAUUAGUGGCUUCUUGAUGGGCCUAAGUGUCAUUGGAUCAAUCUUCAAUAUUACAGGCAUCGCUAUCAAUCGGUACUGCUAUAUCUGCCACAGUCUCAAAUAUGACAAGCUAUACAGCAACAAGAAUUCAUUGUGCUAUGUUGUUCUUAUAUGGGUCCUAACAUUUGUUGCCAUUGUGCCCAACCUGUUUGUGGGAUCGCUACAGUAUGACCCCAGGAUUUACUCGUGUACAUUUGCACAAUCUGUGAGCUCAGCAUAUACAAUAGCAAUUGUGUUUUUCCAUUUCCUGCUUCCCAUAGCCGUAGUUACUUUCUGUUACUUGAGAAUAUGGAUCCUUGUUAUUCAGGUAAGGCGAAGGGUUAAACCAGAUAACAACCCUAGGCUGAAGCCACACGACUUCAGAAACUUUGUAACCAUGUUUGUAGUAUUUGUACUGUUUGCAGUCUGCUGGGCCCCUUUGAACUUUAUAGGCCUUGCUGUGGCUGUCAACCCAAAAACUGUAAUCCCUAGGAUUCCAGAGUGGUUGUUUGUAUCUAGUUAUUAUAUGGCAUAUUUCAACAGCUGCCUUAAUGCUAUAGUAUAUGGACUCCUGAACCAGAACUUCAGAAGAGAAUACAAGAGAAUUAUUGUCACUUUUUGUACAGCAAAUGUUUUUUUCCAGGAUAGUUCUAAUGAUGCAGGAGACAGAAUGAGAAGUAAACCUUCUCCGUUGAUUACAAACAACAAUCAAGUAAAGGUGGACUCUGUCUGAAAAUGGGAAUCUUACUGUCAUUCAACAGCAUCCAAAUAAAGUCUCUGUUUUAUUAGUUCUACUGUUAGAUAUUAUAGUGAAAUAUAUCGUCUACACUGAGAGCACUUUGAUCAAAUUCCUUUCAUAGUAUUUGGGAGCUUGAUAUAGAGCCAUGGUAUACAGGUCCUAUUAUACAAUGGUGUAUCUCUUGUAUAAUGACAUAAUGAUA